AUGGCGACCAUGCGAAACUUGAACUUUUUGUUCAAAAGUGUGCACAGGCAUCGUAACUCGUGCCACGGGCGACGUCGAAAGGGCACCACAAUUCACGGAAGGUAUAAUUGUGGCAUCUCCACUUUGGACUUGGUUACCAAGCAAGGUCGGCUGCAAUUCUGCGUUCAUGUUCAGGAAAAGCCGUCUGAACAAGGGUUCCUCACAGUCCCUUCACCAUGA